AUGGAUCCAUUCAAUGAAGUUAAGGAAGAUGCAUACAGCUCAAUUAGAGCUUUAGAGGAUAUAAUAAAUUCCCGUCCCAAUGGGAACCCACCAACUAAUGAACAACAACAAGAUUUUGAAAAUAGUUUCCAAGAAUUACAAGAGAUAUAUCGAGAUUUACAACAAGCAUUAACCAUAAGUGAGUCACAGCCAUCGAAAUUCAAUUUAUCUGAUAUUGAUAUAUCCAAUCGAAAAUCAAUUUUAUCCGAUUUAAAUAAUCAAAUUCAACAUUUAGAAAAGAAAUGGAAUCAAAAGCAAUAUCGGGAUGUAACAACAAUGUCCAAUAGAAUCAGUCAAGAUGGUCAAGAUGAAGACAUUGACCCAUUUAGUGGAGACUCUGCCAUGACUUCAUAUCAACAGCAGGAACUAAUCCAAGAGCAGGAUUUACAAUUAGAUGAUAUCCAUCGAACCAUGAUGAAUUUGAACCAACAAGCAGCAAUUAUGGGUGAUGAAUUGGAAGAACAAGGGUUCAUGUUGGACGAAUUGGACUAUGAAAUGGAUAAUGUUGAUAACAAAUUACAAAGAGGAAUGAAAAGAAUAAAUAUAUUCCUAGAACGAAACAAAGAAACUGCAAGUAAUUGGUGCAUUGGGAUUUUGGUGGUGGUACUAUGUGUUUUAUUGGUGUUGUUAUUGAUUGCAUAG